AUGAGUUGCCCAUUCUCUGGAAAUGCCUCUGCCGGUAUGAAGUGUCCAAUAACUGGACAAUCCUCUGAAACUACUACCACUACUGAUGAUUCUAUUGAUGCUUGUCCUGUUAUCCAUGCUGUCAAUGAUGAAGAAGUAAAGAGUGUCAAGGAAGAAAAGGCCCAACAAGAAACUACCGAAGAAGAAGCACAAGGAGAACAAUCUGAUAACGCUGUUACUAAUGCUUUGGAAGCCUUGAUGAAGGAAUUUGAAGAUAGAUCCGAUAUUCCUAGUAUUGCCGAAUAUCAAAAGUUGAGAAGAACCACUGCCAUUAUCACCGGAUUUUAUGCUAAAGGUACUGAAGCAAAGAAAGACCAAUAUGAAAAUGUUAAAGAAAGUUUGAAGAGAUUGUAUGGUGAUGAAGAACAAUGUAAGGCUCAAAUUGCUGCUCUUCAAAAGUAUGAAAAAUUCAAAGGUCACUUGAAGUUUAGAGAAUAUUUGGAAAAUUAUCAAGAUGAAUUGAAGAAUUUGGAAUUACAAAAAGCUAAACUUGAAGAAACACAAAAACACUAUUAUGAUUUACACAUCUGGUCACAAGAAAUUGUUAAAAUUUGUCAAUGGUUAGAACAACACUUGGAUUACUAUGCUUAUAAAACUAUUGUUGAUUUGCCAGUUGAUAAAAUCUUCAAGGGUGUCGUUCCACAAGCUCCUCCAGAAUUAACCGAAGAAGAAAAGUUCAAAUAUAGCAAGGGUUUAGAUGAAAUUUGUCACAAUUUGGAUGAAAGCAAAGACUUUUUCGAAGCCUCAGUCGAUGGCAGACUUAAUAGAUAUCAAGAAAUUGAACGUGAAAUUAUCAAGUGUCAAUUAGAAUCUCUUUCCACAUCUCCAGCUGAAGAUAAUCCACGUCGUGAAUAUAUUGAAUCAGAAUUGAGACAAGAUUUGGCUCACGUAGAAUCUCAAUUAAAGGAUAGUGAACGUCCAGAAACUCAAAAGCGAAGACAUUACAUGUUAAAGAUGCACAAGGAAUUUAUUGAAGUUUUAUCUUUCUUCAGAGAAACUCUUGGUGUAUUGAACGAUUCUAAUGUUCCUAAGAAGUAUGACUCUAGAUAUACAAGCAAGUUUACUAUUCUGAGAGAUCCUCAGGUAAGAAGGAAAUUGGCUUUGGGCAAACAUUUUGAAGCUCUCUCCUUAACGGAGGAAGAGGAAAAAGCCAUCAAAGAAGAAUUGAUUAUGGCUAAAAGAUAUGAAAACGAAAUUAAUGAAAAAGUAACAAAGAAGAUAGAAAAUGAAGAAUUAAAAAAGUUACUUAUGGAACAUGAUGACCACAGAGGAUCAAGCUCAAAGAUGCAAGCUUACUAUAAUAAGCUUCAUCAAUUGCAGAUACAAGCAGAAGCAAAGCUUAAAAAACAAAUUAGAGAAGCCGAGGAAUAUGAAAUAACAAAACUUCAAGAUGAUCAACAAAGAUUGCUUGAAAAUGAAACAAAAAAGCUUCUGGAAGGUCGGGAAUUGUUUCAACAAUCAGAAGAAAAAAGAAAAGUAGUGGAAAAGAGGGAAUUGGAAAAAAGAGAAAAAUGGAAAUCUCCCGAUGAUAACACACUCUUUGAAUCCAGCAAAUCUUCUCCAAAGAAGAGAGACUUGAUUUCCUUACUUCAGUCAAAUUCUCAACAAAAAAGAGUUAUUCUUUUAAUGACAGUCGAUAUUGGUGAUGGAAGGUCUGAUACUAUUACAGUCAGAGAAGAAGAUUCAUAUGUAGACUUGGCAAAACAGUUUCAAGACAAACAUGGCUUAAUUGCUGAUGUUAUUGAACCUCUUGCUGAGCAUAUUAAGUUCAAUGUCGAAAAGGUAUUGAAAGAAAAAACAAUGGACAUGAUUAAAAGUUCCCAAUCUAACGUGUAUAGUAGAAGUCCUGUAUCAAAGAAAACAGAUAAGGUUGACAAAUAUGACGAUUUGCAACAAAUUGUGGAUACUGUAAAGAGGAGCUCAACACCAUCUAGCUCUAAAAACAAAAAGGUUUUUAUUUAA